ACGGACGCCGGGCCUGUAACUAAGACUGUCGAAAUUGGACUUUCACUAUUCGCCACUCUACACACGGCGGCCUGAGACACACGGCAACAUAGCAACACAGAUAAAACCUUUCACUUAGUGCUUCGAGACUUUCGCUCUUGUGUUGUUCAGGGAUUUGUAUUUCUGGAUUGUGGGCUGUGUUGUGAAGAUUUUUACUUUAAUACAACAUUUAUUUGAAAUUGAAAAAAAUAAUAAUUUGACUUAAGGAUAUAAUGAGAGUUAGUAAACUGGACUAUUUUUAAAAAGUGUUUUUCUUCAUAAAUAAGGAGAAGAUAAUCGGUACAACCAUGUGAAUGUUUGAGUAACGGUUCCUGGAUAAUCACGUGAUCACAUUUGUCUGAUCACAGAAAGCGAAAGUAGAUUUUGACGUCAUUCACGAUGGGGUGUGGCGGCUCCAAGACGACAGUGAAGGAGGGAACAAAGAAGAAUCAGGUUACGCCCAAGAAACAGACCAAUCAACAUCCGGAUCACCAUGAAGCCGACCCCCACCCCCACCAAGACAGACGGGACCCUAAAGGCACACACAACAGCAACACCAUGACACACAACAACAACACCACGACCAACAACCUCAACUACUACCCCUCCCCCAAACACACGGACAACCCCAGCCCCAGCCCCCGCCAUGCCAAGAGCACCCAGUCCCCCUACCCCCAGUCCAAGUAUGUGGCGGCGUCCAGCUAUACGGAGUCAGUUCAUGAUGACGCUUACCCAGAGGCGUCACACCAGGGCUACAAGAAACGGAUCCGCACCCAGCUGAUCCAGGCGACCCGGGGCAAGGACCUAGAGGCCCUGGAGCAGGCGAUCAAAAAGUUUGAGAGCAAUCGUAUGGAGGAUGCUGGCGACCUGACCCGGGCCAAUGAGAGGCUGUACUUCCUCAAGCAGAAGAGAGAUCUCCGUGACGCCAUCAGACGCAGCAACGUGGGGGUGCUAGAGAGGACAAUCAAAGACGCCAGGAGCUGCCGAUAUGCUAAUGAGCUACAACCUCAGAUCGAGGCUGCUGAGAGAAAACUCGAGCACUUGAGGGAGUUGAACAAGUACAGCCAUGACAUCUUAGCUAUGGACCAGCACACCAUCUCUGAGAUCCACAGCUACCACCGUCCACCCGCCUGUGUGCAUGACGUCAUGGCCGCCUCCUACAUGCUGCUGGGUCACCAAGAAUCAACACUGCGCGACUGGUCCUACCUGCAGUCGAUGGCCGGCAAGCUGGGCAAGGACAGCCUGAUCCACCAGGUGAAGGACUUUGACUCCAACAACGUGGACGACCGGACGUCCAAGCGUGUCCGUGAGAUCCUCAACUACCACGACCCUCGGGGAGGUCCGCGUGGCCAGCAACGGUGCUGCCACCUUCCACGUUUGGGCUAGCAACAUCGUGGACAAGAUAGAGAAAGACAAACAUGACUCCCGAAACAGGAGAGGACAGGAGGAGGAGGAGGAAGAGGAGAGGCGCCACGCGGAGGAGAGGCGCCACGCCGAGAUGGCCAACAAGGCAGCCGCAACAAGCACGCCAAAAAAACAAGAGAAGAUAACUCCUGGGAUUACUCCCCUUGCCGAGCGUCAUAAACAGCUGGUUUGGUCCGUCUAACUACCAGAUUUCAACGGAAGUUGGUGAACAUGCAGCAUGCUCAGUUAAACACUGUUUUCUUAGAAUACAUUAAGCUAAUCAAAUACUGCUAUAAUUACAUCCUGUUUGUAUAAAGAAAUCAAUAAAUAUUGUUUAUAUAUAUAUAUAUAUAUAUAUAUAUAU